AUGAAACGAGUGUACGUUUAUAGAAAUAAAUUCGAACAAAAUGGAAAAGUUAUGGCCUUGGAAGACACGAUUGAAGCGUUAAAAUCACAAAUAUCGAAACAUUUUGAAGACAAUUCAGAAAACUUGAGAUUGUACUCCACAAAUGGCUGUGAAAUUGACGACGUGAGAGUAAUAAGAGAUGAGGAAAAGAUUUAUCUGAAUGUAGACGAUGAUGCGGAGAUGAAAAGUUGUGAUAAAUUAACAGAAUCCGUACAUAAUAUUGAUUUGGGCGAGAGUAGCUCACAUAGUCAACCUGUGACUGACUGGAUCACUUUGAAUGUUGGUGGCAAACAUUUUACGACGUCUAGGUCCACAUUGUUGGCCAAGGAACCCAUGUCAAUGCUGGCUCGAAUGUUUGCAGAUGAUAACAAUGUGUACUUAAUGACUCCAAGUGCUACAGACUCAGUUGGAGCAUACUUGAUAGACAGAAGCCCGGAGUACUUUGAACCUAUUCUAAAUUAUUUAAGACAUGGAGAUGUGAUAUUAGAUAAGAAUGUUAACCCGAAAGGUGUGAUGGAAGAGGCUGUGUUUUAUGGUAUAGACUCAAUGAUACCACAACUAAAUAUGCUGAUAGAACAAUCACGGAGUGCAUGCGGUAUCAAUCAUGCGCUAACUCGCAUGGAUGUUGUUCGUUCCAUUAUAAUGACUCCAACCACUUGGGAGUUGAGGUUCCAAGGAGUAAACCUGUCCGGAGCUGAUCUUAACAGAUUGGACCUUAGAUAUAUUAAUUUUAAGUAUGCUUGUUUAUCUCGCUGUAAUCUGAGCGGCGCUAACUUGUCACACUGCUGUUUGGAGCGCGCAGACUUGUCACAUGCAAACCUGGAAGGCGCGCAGCUGUUGGGGGUUAAAGCUUUGUGUGCUAAUAUGGAAGGUGCAAAUCUAAAAGGUUGCAACAUGGAAGAUCCUGUUGGAUCAAGAGCUGUGAUGGAAGGUGUAAACUUAAAAGGCGCCAAUUUAGAAGGAAGCAACAUGGCGGGCGUCAAUUUACGGGUGGCAACAUUGAAGAAUGCCAACCUACAAAACUGUGAUCUCAGGGCUGCCGUGCUCGCCGGGGCUGACUUGGAGUGUUGUGACUUGUCAGGCAGUGAUCUUCAUGAAGCGAAUCUCCGUGGUGCCAACUUGAAGGACGCAGCGUUCGAGCUAAUGCUUACUCCGCUUCAUAUGUCCCAAACAAUAAGAUGA